AGAGAGAGAGAGAGAGUUCUUGCUGCUGCUUCGUCCUAGCAUUGGAGGCCAUGGGGUUGGGGGCGGAUCCGGACGACGACGACGGCGAGAACCCGGACGUGUGGCAGCUCUUCCGGCACUACGACAAGCUCUACUUCCGCGGCGUGCUCGUCGACGCCGGCUUCUCCGUCGAGUGGAGCCAGCCGCGAAUGAAGACCAUCAGUUCUUUCGGAUCAUGUUCCUUUGGAGAGAGCAAUACAAUAACUCUCUAUGAGCCAAUUCUGAAAUAUCGCACAAAUGCUGACCUGAAGAACGCCCUUCUGCAUCUGAUGAUUCAUGCUUUUUUAUCUGUGAAGUGUGAUGCUAAGGGCAUCUGGGGCCAUGGUCCUGCUUUCCGUGGUUGGAUGCAUGCUCUCAACACUUGCUCCAUUGAUGAUCGCAUGAGACCAACUUGUGGCUACUGUAUUACCACCACCCAUGAUUUCAGUCCGGAGAAAUGUGGCAGUAUGCAGGGUUUUUGGUGGAAGUGUGAAUCUUGUGGGGUUACACUUUUGAGGGCCAAGAAGCUGGGGCCUCCAUCUGAUUCCUGCUGUAUUGAGAAUGUUAGCCAAGAUGCAACAUGUGGCAACAUGCUUUGCAACUGGCACAACCACAAGGUGGACUGUGGUGGUACAUAUGUGGUGACCAAAUCACCAGAGACACCAGGUCAACAGAUGGUUCAAAAAGGUACAUGUCUAAAUUCAAAUAUCUAAUAUGCUGUUCGUUAUAAGGCUCUG